AAAGUAUAUUGCUGAAUGACAAAUCUUUCAAGACUAGGAUUUUUAGAUUUUUAUUGUUAUUAAAAUAUAUAACCUAUUCUUUAAUGAUUCGGUGCUAUUUAUUUAAAAAUAUUUUUAUUAAGUGGAAGCGAAUAAUCAAAGGAACAAAAUGAGCUUUCUGUUUGGUAGCCGGUCAAACAAGACUUUUAAGCCAAAGAAGAACAUCCCGGAGGGCACCCACCAAUAUGAUCUCAUGCGUCAUGCGGCGGCGACCCUGGGUUCGGGCAACCUGCGGCUGGCCGUCAUGCUGCCCGAGGGAGAGGACCUCAAUGAGUGGGUCGCCGUCAACACUGUGGACUUCUUCAACCAGAUCAAUAUGUUGUACGGCACAAUAACAGAGUUCUGCACUGAGGAGUCCUGUGCGGUGAUGUCUGCGGGGCCCAAGUACGAGUACCACUGGGCCGACGGACACACAGUCAAGAAGCCCAUCAAGUGUUCUGCACCCAAGUACAUUGAUUAUCUUAUGACAUGGGCACAGGAUCAACUAGAUGAUGAAACUUUGUUCCCCUCUAAAAUAGGUGUGCCAUUUCCCAAGAACUUCCUGGUGAUGGCGAAGACGAUCCUGAAGCGGCUGUUCCGCGUGUACGCGCACAUCUACCACCAGCACUUCCCCGAGGUGGUGCAGCUCGGCGAGGAGGCGCACCUCAACACCUCCUUCAAGCAUUUCAUCUUCUUUGUGCAGGAGUUCAAUCUGAUCGAGCGGCGCGAGCUCGCGCCGCUGCAGGAGCUCAUCGAGAAGCUCACCGCCAAGGAGGCGCGAUGAGGCGCCGCCUUCUCCUCUCCUCUUCCCUCCUCUCCUCCCUUCCAUCCCCACACGUACCCGCCCAAUUCUCAUUCUGUUACAUCUCUUACCCUAACAAUGUUUGGAAGACCAUAGGAACUGAGAAAAAUUAAGCGAAAGUGGAAUUCCAUUUGACUUGACUGAAUACAAACCUUGCGGCGAAUACUACUCUAAGGUGCCUGUGUGUGUCCGAUUUUUUUAAUAAAGUAUAGCGAGGUAGUCGCAAUAAGCAGAAAUUCCUGUAAAGCGCUGCCCCCGCGAGCCCGCGCUCGGCGCACGACCACUGCCUUAACGCUCGUAACAGAUACGUGUUUAUAUGUAAAGAGGAUCUAGAUUUGAUACAGAAAUAUAACAAUUAUUAUAAGAUGUGGGACAAUUCGUCAUUUGCUGUUCUAAUCUCGUCCCGUUUUAUAUAAGAAUAGAUUUAACAUUAAUUAUCUACAGACUGGAAAUUGUAAAGCCAUCCGAAGGAAAGGUUCCCUUCAUAAUGUUUUCAGAAAUUUUCGAAAAAUUGCAAAUUUCGUCUCAUUUGAUUCUUUACGAAUAUUGAGAGAAUUAAUCAAUAUAAUUCACACUUACUUAUGGUCAUUGCAAUAACAGAUUUUAGUCGCUUCGAUGCCCGGUUGUGCUCUUUGAAUUAAAUUUUCUAUGUAUGGUAAAAAUAUCAUACUGAAAGAGUACUUUCCCUUCAGGUGGCAUUACAUUAAAUUCCACCCUUAUAUCAUCUUUUUUUCUUUAAUCAAAUUGUAUUAUUUGUUAUUGUGUACCCAAACACGGUUUUGGUGUAACCCACCAACACACCAGAUAUAUUUGACAGACAUGACUUCAGUCACCAGCGGUACAUUUAUUCUCUUAUAAAACUUGCGCUUCAUUUGCUGUUUUAACAAUUUUCGACGUGUCCGUUUUUAUGACGAAUGUUUAAUAUUGUGUUUGUUCUCUUAACACUACUGACUUACCAUUUAGUAAAUUAUAAUGAUUAAGAACACCCCACGUGGCGAAAGUUUGAAACGAAUUAGUUUAAGUUCCUUAUUUAUUUAUUGUGAUGAAUUGAACUCGAUUGCACGAGCAUUCGAGUUGAACUUAAUUUAGUUUAUAUUUCUAUUUGUAGAGAGCAUCGAUGUAUAAGUUUAUUUAACAAAAUAUCUCAUAGUUUAAGUGUAGAUAUUUAAUGCAUUUCAUUUACAUUUGUUGAUUUAGUGUACACUCACAUAGUACGAUUUAUUUAUAAUGAUUUUGUAUUUGAAGCAAAUGUAUUAUACUGAAUAUC